GGUGUCUGUGCAGGUCAAUAGUGCGUAGCCACACUCCCACAAACUUUGUCGUAUUCAGGAAAUACCUAGUGAUCAGUUUGAAACCUAAGUACAUGUUUUCAGUAUUCAAUCAGGAGGGCGAUUCAUAAAGAUCACAUGACUUGAUUUCGUUUUUACAGUAGACAAGAUGGCGGCCGUGUUACUAAUACUAGUGCUCGCAGCCACACUUGUUGCUGUGUUUGGUGUGUCCUGGUACCUAAAGAAUAAGAGGACACAUCCAGAUUUCGACAAAAUCCCAGGACCACGACCUAUACCCGUGCUAGGGAAUGCUCACCAACUCAGUCCUGAUGCAAAAAAAUUUUAUUCCCAAUUACUUGAGUAUAGCCGUGAAUGGGCAAAGGUUGGAAUAUUCAGGAUAUGGCUUGGCAAUAAACAAAUUGUAGCAGUUUAUAGAGCUGAGUACAUUGAGCCGCUCCUGAACAGCAGUAAGCACAUGGACAAGGCUGACGAGUACCGAUUUCUUCAUCCCUGGCUCGGCACAGGGCUGCUUACAAGUACUGGGAACAAGUGGAGAAUCAGGAGGAAGUUGCUGACUCCCACCUUCCAUUUCAAGAUUCUUCAUGAUUUCAUUGGAGUGUUCAAUGAUCAGGCAGAUGUGAUGGUGAAGAAACUGCAGAAGGUCGCUGAUAAAGGACCCUUCAAUGUGUUUCCCUACAUCACUCUGUGUGCUCUGGACAUCAUCUGUGAGACUGCCAUGGGUCGACAUGUGAACGCACAAGGGAACAGUGACUCUGAUUAUGUACAAGCCAUCAACAAGAUCACAGUCCAUAUACUGCUUCGAAUGCGUCGCCCCUGGUACUGGCCUGAUUUCCUUUUCUAUCUCCUUGGACCUGGCAGAGAGCAUGACCGCUGCCUUAAAACCCUCCACUCAUUCACAUCAAAGGUGAUUAUGGAGCGAAGUGAAGCGUUCAGGCAGAGCAGGUCACAACAGACGACUAUUGAAGAUAUUAUGAAGGGUCGAGGUGAUGACGAAACAGUUUACCUAGAGAAGGGUAAACGCCUGGCCUUCCUAGACAUGCUGCUGUGUGCCUCGGCUGAGGGUCACCACCUCUCCUUCGAGGACAUUCGUGAGGAAGUGGACACUUUCAUGUUUGAGGGACAUGACACAACUGCUGCAGCCAUUACCUUUUGUACCCACCUAAUCGGAGAUCACCCACAUGUACAAGACAAGCUUCACGAGGAGAUGGACCAGAUCUUUGGAGACAGUGACAGGCCAGCCAACAUGAAGGAUCUGAAGGAAAUGAAGUACUUGGAAUGUACAGUAAAAGAAGCUCUUCGACUUUUCCCGUCCGUACCGUUCUUUGGCAGGAGUAUUACGGAGGAUGUCAAAUUAGGAGAUCAGUACACACUAAAGAAGGACACCACAGCUGUAAUUGUCCCUGUGGCCCUCCACUUGGAUGAGCGUUACUUCCCAGAUCCAUACAAAUUUGACCCGGACCGAUUCUUGCCAGAAAAUGCCAAUCGCCAUCCAUACAGCUAUAUCCCAUUCUCGGCUGGACCCCGCAACUGUAUUGGCCAGAGAUUUGCCCUGAUGGAGGAAAAGGUGAUGUUAUCGUCUAUGCUGAGAAAAUUCGACAUCAUCUCUACACAGAGGAGGGAGGACCUCAGUCCGAUCGGUGAACUCAUUCUGCGGCCACAAUUCGGUGUGGAUGUCAAGCUGAAAAGUCGGAAAUAGGAAUGUACAGAAAAAAUGAAUUGGAUCUAGUACUAGAUGAUCCUUAUUUCAAACUGCUGAUAAUUAAGGCUGAGGUUAUGGUCCUUUGGAAUAAGAAUUUUACCGGUGAGGGACAAAUAAAAACGAGAAAGUUACGUGGUAAUACGUACCCAUGUAAUUGAAGUUUCUAUCUCAAAAACUUUAAUGUUGUAACUUAGCUUUAGACCAGCAAACUAAAGCCAUCCUUAGAAUUAAAACAAUAAAACAGAAAUUACAUAAAAUGUGAGCUUUGAAAUUACAAAUGUUUUCUUGGAAUAAAAAAGUAAAAGUUUAUACAUAAAAAGGAAUGACAAAUUUUAUAACAAUUACGAAACAAACUUUUUCAACUAAUAUUAAUUAAUCUUGUUGGCAUGGAUAGAAGCGAGCAUAAGGACUUUAUAUUGGUGAAACAGAAGUCACUGGAGAAAACCCAUCUGUGGUUGAGCAGACAUGGUUUUCCAUGUCUGAUCUGGGAUUUGAACCUCGGCCAUCUUGGUUAAAGGAUAGCGCGCUAUCCAUUGUGACAUCCAACUACCCAAUAGCUUGCUUGCCUUAAUAUGUUAUUAUUCUAAUCUCUUAUGUGAUUUUCCUACCUGAUUCCAAGGGAGAAAAUGUGUUCUCAAUAUUAGACAGUGCCAAAGGAAUUUUUUGAUCCGCCGACAUCAAAAUCCGAACCUAUUUGUACUUAAAAAACUGGUGAUAUUUCAGUGUUAUUUGUCAUAAUGCUUCAGAACAAGUACAUUAAGUUCUCAAUUAUCAGGAAUUUGCUUUGUUCCUACACCAGAUAAGCUGAUACCUGCAACAGUCAUGACCUCAACUGUGUGGCAGGCUUACAACUUUGUAUAUAAUUUGUAAAAAAAUCAUGACAUACUAUUAUUGUAUACAAAAUGAAGUUAUGUAAAUUAUCAUGAAUGUGUGUUUUAAUAUCAAACGACAUUUAACUUGCCAGAUUAUUUUUUUUAUCUUAUAUAGUUAUGGGCAUUGCUUGCAGUUAUACAACUCAAGUAUUAUAAAUUAUAGAAAUCCUCCUUAUUUGACAUGUUUAAUGAAUAUUUCUUUUAUUUCUCCCAUGACAUCAUAUCAUUGGAUUGUUAAAAUAUUUUGAACUAUGUUUCAGAAGAUAUCUAAAGGAAUUAGGUAAAAAGAGAAAUUAAUGGCAUUGAUUGCAAUUACAUGUAUACAACUUAGGUUUGCCUCUCGCCCAAUCAAUUUAAAAUUGUUUAUUUUGGCUUUGUUUGCAAAAUUGGUUUUGCAGUAUGACAUGUACCUGUGACUGAUAAGUUGUAACCAUUUCAUGUAAUUACAAUAGGCUGCUCGCAUGCCAGGAUACAACCUUUAUAUCCAAUUUUAUAUAUACCCGGUAUAUGUAGAUGAAAAACCAUGACAAACUGCAUAAGCCAUGCCAACAGGCUAGUUCGCGGUGUAAAGGGUAAACCUCAAUUUAUUAUAAUCAAACAUGAGCUUUACAAUAUCCAAGUUUUAUCAUUAUAAUCCCAAAUCUUUGUUUUCUUAAAUUUAUUAAAAUCAAAUAUUGGGGUUUUAGCCCUUGAUCGUCUUUAAUUUAUUAUUAUCCGUUAUCUAUUACAUUGUAUAUGUUAACCUGUCAUUUCUCUUGAUUUAUAUAUAAUUCAA